UGAGCCAUCGCCAGGCUUGGGCGAACUACUGGAAUAAAGUGUUUGUCUUAUCUGCGGAGUUUACAACAGCAACAGCGAUCGCGUUGUCGAUGUGCUCAGCAACAGAUCUGCCGUCUCCAAAUCCAAUGCCGCGCAAAGUCUGCACUGCGGUGGGCCAUGACUCUUGAACUGCGAACAAGACAACGCACACACCACUCUCAAUAAUCGAUUGGGUAUGAUGGACAUGAUGCCGCUGCACAUGCGUUGACAUGCACACGCGUGAGAGAGACCAUGAGGACGACGGUAUGUAUAUACCAAAGGGUUGAGCGAGUUCAUCUCGCUUCUUGUUGCCGCCGUCGUCGGCGGCGCGCAAGCAACUUUUCAUCGGAUGCUUGAGGCCACACCCACGAUUGGAUGGUCCACAUCACAGUGGCCCCCAUCCCAAACCCAACCAACGCCAACAGCGGCCAGCUCCGAGCCGAAGUCGGGGUUGGAGAGGCAUGGAGAAUGUUGGGGAGGUCUUCGUGGGUGGUGCGACCGAGGCCGAGACAGUCGACAGCGCGAUCAAAGGCAGGAUGCACAGCAAUUUGAGUAGCGGCAUGGUCGUUGCAUUGGGUGUUUACGACAGCGACACCACUCGGAGUUGGUUUCCACGCGGCGGAUGAAAAAACAGCUUUGCACCAAGGAGGGGACGGCGAUGCGGCGACACACGAAUUUGUAUAGUACCGGCGAACGCGGGUGCACCACGUGUCCAUUGCGUCGCUCGAACGAGUGUCAAGACGCUGGGUGCAGUGCGGGACCCAUUUUUGCAUGACUUCGUCAAUAGGCAGAGUCCCCAAGGGCGGGACGGUGUCUGCCGAAGCAGGCACCAAAGGGGGCGGGCGGGCGAGAAGGUUGUCGGUGUCGUUGCCGUGGGCGGCAAACGUUUUCUCAAACACAAGCGCUGCGGCAUCUCCCCGACGAGUCGGUUUCCCAGCAGCGUCGUCGGCGAUGAUCGAGCUGUAACUUUUGCAGCAGCUCACCGUCAUAAACCACUCGGUCCAUUCGGCAUCGCACGUUGCCUCGUCUGUCCAUGACACACUUUUGCAAAACGGGCUGCUCCCCGCCAUCGAUUCCAAAUGCAACGUGGACGCGGUGUCGGUCGAGCCAUGGCGGAUGACAUGGUACCCCGAAUAGGCAAAGCACUUGUCGCCGGCGUUUUUGACACUACGAUGAUGAUGCUGGCCCCAGUCACACAACGCAGCAGAUUUUGCAUGCCCCCCCAGCUCUGGACACGAUGGAUACGCAGCUCGCGUUGUGGGCAGCGACAGCACAUCGUCCGGUGAUCCCAGCGUCGUGCAAGGCGGUGUGGUGCCAUCGCUGUAGCACUCGACACGCCCCAACUCGGCAUUCCACCGCAGCGCGACCCCCUCGGGGGAACGUGCCCAUGCCACCGCCUCGUCGUCCUUCUCCCGUUUGUACGCCGCCUCGGUGUCGAGAAAGUAUUGUGCGCAUUGAGCCUCCAUCGAACGAGGACCUUCAUGCUCCGUGUGCCGGAAAUUCGGGGCGGCAAACCCUUCGCCCUUCCAUGAUGGAUCCAACACUGGCAAGUGGAAUGCCACCGCGUCGACGUCUGUGCCAUGAACAGGGUCAAUGACCAUGGAUGGGGUCGGAUACGAGCACACGUCAACGCGCUUCUUGUGCCAUGUCCUGUCGACUGUCGACACAAGCGCGCCAGCGUCGCGAAGGGGCGAAUGGGGCAUGGCUUUCGGCGAGACCGCGGGCGCUCGCGACAAUUGGAGGGGCCAUGACCCGUGGUCGGCCAAAAGUUCCACCAGUCGAUCGAACGUCGAGGUGGCAUGCGACAUGCUUGGGACCACGGAUGAUUCGGUCGCGUGGUUCGACGUAGCACAUGCAGUCGCUGCGUCGGCGACCACUUUUUGUUGGAAGGACGAGACGAUGCAAGUGGCAUGUAGCAUCACACUCGACAUCGCUUUCGUGGCUUGUGUCCAAGUCCACGUGUCGUCGUCCGAGUUGUCGAGAGUUUGGUGGUACACCAAGAGCGCGUCGGCUGCAGCUUGCGCUUGGCAUUCAGCCAAAGCAAGACCACUGAGGCAUUGCGCGCCGACAAAGUGGGCGACGCAGGAUUGAAUGGCAGGUGGCCGAACGACGUGCACGCGCGAGGGCGGCGAUAGAAUGCACCGAACGAGGGCAAACUGUGCGUCGCAAGCAGCCACCGUCGCAAGCGGCUCUGUUGCCCCGGGCAUCGGCGCCAAGCUGAAAACACCAAUGCCGCUCGUGGCAUCGUCUUGAAUGAUCGCGUGGCAUGCGAGGGCAAUCGACACUUGUUCGAC